AGUCGGGUUCAACAUCCUGCAAGACGGAUCGGACGUGGACGCAGCCAUCCACCUGGGCACCAGAUCCUAGGCUCCAUGCUGGCCCCAUGGCAAAGGCUCGACGCCAUCAAGACGUUCCUCUACCCGGCGCUCCACCACCUGAUGAGGACGGGGACCGUUGGCAAGACUGAGUGGGCCAGACUGGACGAGGCCCUCUGGCCACUGAUCAAGCGGACUCUGUACCUACCACCUGGAGCAUCAAAUGACUACAUCUACGACAGCAGCAGGGCCGGGGCCUGCGGGAUCCCCUGCGCGGCAGAGACGAGCGACGUCUGCCGGGUGGACUCUGUGUUCAAGCUGCUGACCUCGCGGGAGCCGGAGGUUCCCCCGAUGGCUCUGGACGAUCUGAUGGGCAUUGUGAAGGCGAGGCUGCGGCGAGACUGCGACCUGCCCGACGCGGGGCUCUACCUGUCGGGCCACAACGAGGGAGAUUUCCGGAUGCACGCAACGCAGCUGCGAAGCGUCUGGAUGGAAGGGAGGAAGGCGUCGGGGCGACUCAACGUAGCCUGGGAGCUGGGACCGGGGGGAGCAAGCAUCACGGUCGGGAGCCAAGUAAUCACCCCUCGAGGGCGAUUGAAGGUGAUGCAUUCUCUCCUAUUCCAGCUAGCCCAGCUGAAAGAUGCCAGGCUCCAUGCACUGCCCAACCAGGGGAAGACUGGCGUUUUAUUUCACAGGGCUCGUCUCAACCUGCUCCCCUUUAACGGCGCCCAACUGUAGAGGCGUGGCAGCGACCAACGGUGCAGGCGUUGUGGCUUCGCCAGCGAGACCCUGCCGCACGUCUUCAACCACUGCAUGCGGCAGUCCCAGCGCCGCAACAAUGUCGUCGAGCGUGUGAAGAAGGCAAGUGCUGGCCGCUUCACUCUCGUUUCAGAGAACGCAGCGGUGGGGGACACGCAGCUCCGACCUGACCUGGUGCUGGUGUGUGGCGAGGAGGCAGUGGUGGUGGACGCCUGCAUACCCUUCGAAAACCGGAAGGAGGCCCUGGUCCAGGCGAGGAGGACCACAGAAGGGAAGUACCGCCUCGUGAUCGACCAGCUGCGGCGGCGGUACCAACGGGUUACAGUAGAGGCGGUGGUGGUUGGGGCCCUGGGCAGCUGGGGCCCUGCCAACGAUCGCUUCCUCAAAAAACUCUGUUCCAGGUCCUACCUCAAGAGGAUGAAGCAGAUGGCCGCCAGCGACACCAUCCGGGCCUCCAGGGACAUCCGCGCGGCCCACAUCGCAGGACCCACGCGAAGACCGGAACCAGGAACGAAGCAGGAAGAAAGAAGAUGCAUGUUAAUUAAGGCACUUUUCUUUAAUUUUUUUUGCCUAUAGUAUUGUUUAGGUAUAAGAAGACAAGUAGUAUUGUAUAAUGUAGUGCAUGACCCCAUUUCCUUUUUUUUCUUAUAGUGAUUGUUUAAUUUCUUGUGUAUUUCGUCACUGUAAACAUAGAUAAGGCUGAUGAUGGUGUAACUCCUUUUCCCAGUCAACCACCGACAUCCAUUAGAUAUACCAGCUUGAUCCAGACGUCUAUAUCCAGAUGGAGUGUACAGAGGACGUCAUAUUGAUUAUACAUAUUCGACAUUGAGCACAACGAACGUCCAAAAGACGUCACCUAGACGUACUGAAAGGACUUUCAAAGAUAACACAUAGGUACAUUCUAUGGACGUAGUAUAGACGUGUGGCGAAAUGCUGUAGUCUGUGCUCUUCUUUCAAGGCCUGAUAUGUGAUAUAUCACCCGUAUUAAAGACGCAUAAAUGGGUUCAAAAUGUUUUUUUCUUCUCUAAAUGUGUGUAAAUAGUGACCUUAUCCGAGUAAAACCCUUGUCGCUAAGUGUGGGCAUCAUGCAGCGAACGACACAAACAAUAUUUUGGUUGGUUUACAUAUACGUUGCUAUGAUUUAUUGUCGGGGCGUCCGGCAGCGGACGUUGUCGGACAGAAUAGAUGCUGCAAAAUAUAUUUUCAAUUCGCCGCGUUACACACCGCGCGCCAGCGCUGCGACGACAAAGGUUACAACCCAUAGUUAUUUUUAUGACAGUGAG